AGGUACAUCUCCUUAUCCAUCUUUAAUUUUCAAUCAUGGAAAUCUCACUUGCUUGUUACCAAUCCAUUUCAUUAGAUAAAAUACAGAAUAGUUUUCGCUUUCCUUCAUCAAUCCAUGAGGUAUUCAGAACAAAGCCUUUGUUUUCCGAUUAUUGUUUUCGAUUCAAUAGGAGAAAAUGUGGUAACCCAUGUGAUAAAAUUAAGUGUUUUUCUCUUGAGCAAGGGCUGCAGCCACGGCGGCCCAAGCCAAAACCUUCUAGGAAUACUGACUCUGACUUGAAAGAAACAGAAGAGACCCAUGUUAAAAGACCCAGUGUCGGGAUUUGUAGUCAGAUAGAGAAAUUGGCUUUUUGUAAUAGGUAUAGGGAAGCGCUUGAAUUGUUUGAGAUUUUGGAACUUGAAGGUGGUUUUGAUGUGGGUUUAAGCACGUAUGACGCAUUAGUGAGCGCUUGUAUUGGGUUGGGAUCUGUACGAGCAGUUAAGAGAGUAUUUAGUUACAUGAUAAGUAAUGGGUUUGAGCCGGAUCAGUAUAUGAGUAACAGGGUGCUGCUUAUGCAUGUGAAAUGUGGGAUGAUGAUCGAUGCACGUAGUUUAUUUGAUGAAAUGCCGGAGAGGAAUUUGGUUUCAUGGAAUACCAUCAUAGCUGGACUGGUCGAUGUUGGGGAUUACUUCGAGGCGUUUAGGUUGUUUCUUCUUAUGUGGGAGGAGUUCUCUGAUUGUGGAUCUCGAACUAUAGCGACAAUGAUCCGGGCAUCUGCAGGGCUAGAACUCAUUUCAGUAGGAAGGCAGCUACAUUCGGCUGCAGUGAAGUUCGGUGUAGGUGAAGAUAUCUUCGUGUCUUGUGCACUGAUUGACAUGUAUAGUAAGUGUGGCAGCAUUGAAGAUGCUCAAUGGGCUUUUGAUGAGAUGCCAGAGAAGACUACUGUAGGAUGGAAUUCAAUUAUAGCAGGUUAUGCUCUUCAUGGUUACAGUGAGGAAGCGCUAAGUAUGUUCUAUGAGAUGCGUGAUUCUGGUGUUAAAAUGGACCAUUUCACAUUUUCAAUGAUUAUCAGAAUUAGUUCAAGGUUAGCUUCAGUUGAAUAUGCCAAGCAAGUUCAUGCAGGUCUGAUUCGCCAUGGAUUUGGGUUGGACAUUGUGGCUAACACCGCUCUCGUGGACUUCUAUAGCAAAUGGGGGAGAGUAGAAGAUGCUAAACAUGUUUUUGACAGGAUGCCUUGCAAGAAUACAAUAUCUUGGAAUGCUUUAAUUGCUGGAUAUGGUAAUCACGGUUGGGGAGCUGAGGCCGUGGAAUUGUUUGAGCAAAUGCUUCGGGAAAAAAUGAGACCUAACCAUGUUACUUUUCUUGCUGUGUUAUCUGCUUGUAGCCACUCAAGAUUAUUUGAACGUGGUUGGGAAAUUUUUCAGUCGAUGAGUAGAGAUCACAAGAUCAAACCCCGUGCAAUGCAUUAUGCUUGUAUGAUUGAAUUAUUAGGUCAAGAGGGACUUCUAGAUGAAGCCUUUGCAUUGAUAAGAGGUGCUCCCUUCAAGCCUACGGCAAAUAUGUGGGCUGCACUGUUAACCGCCAGUCGUGUUAAUGUAAAUUUGGAGCUUGGGAAAUAUGCAGCCGAGAAAUUGUAUGGGAUGGAACCUGAAAAGCUUAGUAAUUAUGUUGUACUUUUGAAUAUCUACCACCAAUCAGGCAAGUUAAAGGAAGCAGCCGGUGUUUUGCAGACUUUGAGAAGAAAGGGCUUGCGAAUGCUUCCUGUCUGCAGUUGGAUUGAAGUUAAUAAACAAUCACAUGUUUUCCUUUCUGGAGACAAAUCCCAUGUCCAGACCAAUGAGAUUUAUGAGAAAGUUGAUAGCUUGGUACACGAAAUCUCAAAGCAUGGUUAUGUUCCAAAGGAGAAAACUCUGCUGCCUGAUGUGGACGAGCAGGAGCAGCGCAUAUUGUUGUACCACAGUGAGAAAUUAGCAGUAGCUUUUGGCCUGAUAAAUACUAUGAAAGGAUCCCCUUUGCAAAUCGUGCAGAACCAUCGAAUUUGCAAUGACUGCCACAAUGCUAUCAAGUUGAUAGCUUUGGUCACUCGGAGAGAAAUCGUAGUGAGGGAUGCUAGUAGAUUUCACCAUUUCAAAGAUGGGAGCUGUUCCUGUGGUGAUUAUUGGUGAUGUUAAAACUUAUAAUUGCAGGCUAUAGAUGUAUGUUAGUUAGUCUAUUGUUUUUUCACCACCCAUUUUUCCUUAAUCUUUUAGUAAUAAUGUAAUUCCACAUGUAAGAGUUGUAAUUUUCAAGUUCAUUAAACGAAAAUAAAUUCUUUUUGUGCACAA